CUCUUCCUGCAAUUAUUAAAGAAAGAUUGCACAGAACCCUUAUAGAAUUUGAAGCUUUUAAGUUUCUCCUGGCGCUGGUGUGAGUUCUGCAGAAAAGGUAAUUUUUCACGCUGGACCACCAUUUCCCGUUCGUUCAUCGUGCAUUGCACAUUAAAAGAUACUCCAUUUAUAUCAAAGUCAAUGGCGAGAGCUCUAUUUAUUUACUCUUUCCGUGAAUCCCAGAAAUCGACGAUCUUGCCCAUUGGAGGCCAACGAAUAUUGAUGACGACUCUACCUGAUUAGUUAUUGAAUUGAGAAUACUAUACAGAAUUGCCUUCCCUCCGCGUCUCUUUUCCAGCGAGCGGCGCGACCAGCACGAGGGCGGACAGCAAUUUCCCAUUUUUUGUUCAUCACUACUUUUUGUUUUGGAAAUGCAUUAAAAAUAUAUAGCACAAGAUGGUUACUAUUAAAUAUUAUAAAUAUAUAAGAUAAGAUUUCUUCAUUCAUCGAGUUUCAAAAGUUUGUUUUCUGGAAGAUGUCAACUAUUUUGUAUAAAUUGUUUUUCCUUGCCAAUUAGAUGGUUGCUAUUCCAAUACAAAGCGGCUUUUUGAGACAUCUCGCUUUAGCCCAAUCAACGCGUUUACAUUUUGUGCAAACUCAGCAUUUUUAUGGAAAAAUUUACAUUUUUGUCCGAACUUCGAGUUAUUGAUAUUUUGUUAGGGAGAAUAGUACAAUAUGAUCGAACUUUAAAGUUAAAACAAAUGCGAACCUAGCUCGUUAAUUUUUAUCGAUAAGAUAGAUCUAUCAAGAUAUGAUAAUUUUUUCUUUUGAUGAAUCAAAAUCACAAUAAAAAUUGGAACGUUUUUAUCAUUUAAGUUUUAACGCAACGCGUGACGAUCACCGAUCACGCGAUGAAGACUGCACUCUAUUUAAUACUUUUGGUCACUACUAGCACAUUAACCGUGAAAUGCGACUGCGAUGCCGAUGUACAAGAUUACAUUAACAGUCUCAGCGGCGAAACGUCACCGCAGAUGUGGUCUUUGGAGAUGUUUGACUCCUCGACCAAAUUUCCACUGCCGGACGCCACGCUCGAGCUUUCAACCGCAAUUCAAAUUGCUAAUUUUGACGAGUGUCUGGCUGUUUCUGGUCCUUUGGACACCACAGGUCAUCCCAGAUUCACCGGCCAGUAUUGUCAAUUCUCGCCAGGCUACGAUCUCGGCAAUUUUUUGCGGAAUAUUUCACAGCCAUCUAGCACUGUUCAAUCUGCGAUGAGCUCGAUGAUGCACUUGAUUACUCGAAACUCAAACAUUUUUAAUAAGGCACAAACUGUAGUGCUGCCUUUUUUCUGGGCGGUCUGCGCUCCAUCGUCGUGUGGCCCCGAAGGUGUCAAGCGGGUUGCCGAUUUUAACAUGCAGUUCUUUGCCAAUGGUCUCGGUCUGCAAGCAAACACAAGCGUGGUGCAGCAAUCGUGUUAUUACGAUAACGACGGGUCAAGAAACCUGGACGCUGCCUCGUGGUCCUUUGUGGUUUGUGUAGUUUUGUUAGUCCUUGUGAUUUUAUUUGGUACCGCACUUGACGUGCGAAAUUUUAAGAAAUUGCCAGGUUGGCUUGAAAACAUAUUCUUGGCGUUUUCUUUGAAAAGGAACUUUGAUGAGCUAGUACGGGUGCCAGAGAAACUAGCUCCUAGUCAGAUAGGUUGCGUUCAUGGCAUUAGAGCCCUCUCCAUGCUGUGGAUCGUCUUUUGCCAUUCUUAUUCUUCAACAACACUACCUCCUUUCUUCAAUGUCAACCUUUUUCUCUCAGAGGUAUCAAAAUCUUGGUACAUGGCACCUCUUUUAAACGGCUUCAUGGCUGUGGAUUCCUUCUUCUUUUUAAGCGGACUUCUAUCAGUUUACGUUCCCCUGAUGGAAUCCUCUAAAGGACGCAGUUUUAACGUUUUCAAGUACUACGCUUACAGAUAUCUCAGAAUAACGUUGCCUCUCGCAUUUGUCACGUGGUACCUGUCAUCAGUGCACGCCUACCUGGGAAAUGGACCUCUUUGGGCCAUCUACGUUGAAACUGGAAAACAGCUCUGCGUGCAAAACUGGCUGCCUACGCUAUUCUACAUCACCAACUAUUUCUACCAGCACUGCGUGACUCAAGCAUGGUACUUGUGCGUGGAUAUGCAGUUGGCGCUACUCUCCCCUCUCAUAAUAUUCCCUCUGAUCAAGUGGCCCAGGUACGGACUGGCCGCCCUCGCUCUGCUCACGGCCGCCUCCGUUGCUGGCCUCUUCGCAGUGACGUUCGUAGAGCAAUUGCCUUGGACGGCAAUUUUCUUUGACUCUACUGGGAAAUCUCAACGGUUCUACGACAUCGUGUACGAAAACACGCCGUUGCGGGCCACGCCGUACCUCUGUGGAAUGGGCCUGGGCUACGUGAUAGCUCAAAAGAUAAAAGUGCGGCUUCCAAAAUGGGCCGUUUUAGUUGGCUGGCUCGUAAGUUUAGCGCUGCUGACUGGGGUCGUCUUCAUCGUGCUCGUGCCUUACCGCGACGACUUCAUUUACAGACCUUUAGAGGCAGCCUUUUACGCCAGUCUGCACAGACUCGUGUGGAGCCUCGGUCUCUGCUGGAUCGUUUGGGCCUGUGUCAAUGGUUUUGGUGGCUUCAUCAACGAUAUACUGACUUGGAAGUACUUUCAAAUAAUGAGCAAGCUUAGUUUCAGCGCAUAUCUCGUCCACCUUUGCGUGAUUAUUGGCAGUCAGUCAACAAGCAGAACUGUAAACAACGUCACGAAUUUUGAAGUCCUUUACUGGUUUUCGGCAUUCUUAAUCCUUAUACUGCCCUACACACUUUUUCUUUAUCUGGCAGUGGAAAUGCCCAGCAUGCAAAUACUCCGCUCGGCGUUUGGAAAAAGUGGUGUGAUUAAGAGAAGCAAGGAGGCAAUUAAUUAGAUUCAAUAAAUUUAUAGUUAAUUGAGGAUUUAAUAAAUAAUUUUUAAGACUAAAAUACCA